AUGCAAGAUGAGCUUCUUCCCUCCGAGGUUGAGCAAGUUGAAUCGCUGAUUCUUUCUCUCUAUGAACCAGCUUCCCCCAGCACAAUCGCCAAGACCCAGUCAACGCUCUCACGGCUCCAGAGCUCACCACAGGCAUGGACGCUUGCUCACCACCUGCUUGGGCGCCCAGAUGACAAGGUCAAGUUCUUUGGCGCCCUCACCAUCAUUGUGAAGCUCAACACUGAAAAUGCAUCUCUUUCCGACGCCGAUGCCAUAGAGCUUCUUGUCUCACUGUUGGAGUGGUACAUGGGCUCUCUCCAACAGAAGACCGGAUUGCUCGUUGUGCGGAAGCUUUCGUCUGCCUUAUCCACGUACUUUGUGUACUUCCACAGGCUAUGUAGCCGCUUUGUUUUUCACCUCCUGGUUUGUCUCGCAUCCAAUCGGGCCUGGCAACCGGGUGCAAUCGACGAAUCAGUCGACUUCAACGCCAUUUUCGAGAGACUUUCAGGUGUUCAUCUGCACGCGGCUAUUCUGGUUAUAAGCAACAUUCUCGAAGAUGUCACUCGCAUUGACCUGAAUGCACCAAGCAAUGUUGGGCUCUACGAUUCAGUGCUUGCCAACACGUCGGACUCGGUCACUCUCAUAGCCAUGUGCAUGAGCCGAGACGAUGCUUCUCCAGAGGUCAAACAAGACGCAUUGAGGUGUCUUCAGUCCUGGGUCUCCUUUGCUCAAAAGACAUCAGCGCGGAACAGCUACAUUGCCGACUCGCUGCGCCCCCUUAUUGGAGGCUCUAUCAAUGCCCUGAUGGUUGAAGAAUUGUACAACGCAGCCGCGGAACUCCUUGUCGACGUACUCUUCAACUGGCCUUCCUUGUUGACUGAGCAGCACUACACGAUGCUCUCCAACAUGUUUGAUACGCCGUGGUUUCAAAACCGAUACGACCUGCUGAUUCAAGGUGAUUUUGACUUCGAAUCGACGCAGCUCGGAUACGUGCUCCUCGCAUACGGCGAGGCCAAGAUGCAAGCUCUGAUAGAAGAUGAGAACGACCAAAACAGAAGCAUACUUUCAAGGCUAUGUGGUCUCCUAGCGGCGGAUGGCUACCCCGUUGCUGAGGACAAGAUAUUUGUCCCCGCCAUUGAGUUUUGGUCAACGUUCACGGAGUCUGUGUCGGAUAUGGAUGUGGAAUCUGCGUUUACAGUCUCGUUCAUCUUCGAAGCAACGUCACACGCUUGGAAGAAGAUCAUAUACCCUCCAGCAGAGGAAUUUCACUCAUGGGACUCUGGCGAUCGUGUUGGGUUCAACGACGCCCGGAAAGAUGUUGUGGACUUUUUGCAAGCCGUCUACGUCUUGAUCGGCCCAAAGCUCGUCGAGACAUUUUCUUCCCUGAUAUUGACCACGCUGAGUAAUUCGGCCUGGCUGGAGCUGGAGGCGGCGAUAUUCUGUCUGGGGGGCUUGGCUGACUGCAGCCGGGAAGAUGCGCGCUGCGAUGGCUCCCUUGCCGCCGUCUUCUCGUCGCCAUUGUUCUCGGUGCUGCAGAGCGGCCAGGAACAUGUCCCAGCUCGAGUAAGGCAGACUUGCCUCACCCUGAUCGAACAAUACACGGAAUACUUUGAAAGGAACACUCACCUUCUUCCUACCGCGCUAGGUCUCUUAUUCAACGAGGUCCCGGAUCACUCUAUGGCCAUACCAGCAUCGAAGUCCAUUCAUCGCCUUUGCUCAUCUUGUCGCUCACAUCUCUAUCCUGAGAUGGAUAACCUUCUAGCUGAGUAUCGGAAAUUGGUGACUACGGCGUCACUAGAUUGCAUAUCCCGCGAGAAAAUUAUAGGUGCUCUUGCAGCCAUUGCACAAGCCAUUCCAGUGGAUGAUGAGCGGUACGACGCCUGCUCACGGCUGCUUGCUUUCAUCCAAGACGACGUGCGGAAAUCCUUGGAGCUGGCAAAUGUUCCGAAUGACGAAGCACUGCCACCGCAGAUGGAGAGUCCCUGCACGGACAUCGCGCCGGAAGAACAUGUUGGCUUGCACGUGGGCCUCAGGGCAUUGAGAUGUCUCGCAAGCAUGGGAAAAGGUUUGCAGUCCCCUCCGGACUUGGCCAUUGACCUCGAAGCUGUGUCUCCUCAAAAGACACAAACGCCCAAGCUGGCCGAACUCCAGAAGCAAGUGAUAGGCAUCAUCAUUGAUGUCCAAAAUGUGUACAGUGGCAGCUCGGAAGUUACAGAACUGAUAUGCAGCGUGCUUCGCAGCGGCUUCUCUGAAAGCGAGCCGGGGCCGUUUGUCCUGACUCCCGAGGAUAUAGUAGGCUUUUUGGUGGGACAUUCAAAAGACACGCCCAGGAUCGGGGUCAUCGUCAGUAUGGCGUGCUCUUUCGUCAGUUCUCUAUCUCCUCACAAAUUGGGACAGUAUCGCAAAAUACUCUCGGACGUGCUGGUUUGGGUGAUUGGGUUAUUGAAGCAGCUCCCUGAACCAGGGGCGGAACCAGAACUCGUGCAAAAUGGAAUCGAUCUCGUCAGCCGGCUACUGACAAGGAGCCCGGCGACCUUCAUUGGGCUGGAACCAUCGGACGCAAUCGAGUUCUUCUUCCUCUUCACACUUCAGGUGUUGGACGGAAAGGAACCCUUGCCCAAGGCGGCCGCUGCGGAGUUUUGGACUGCGUUUGUCGGUACCCGGGCAGAUGAGCCAGAGCUCCAGGAAACCUUCAAGAGGGCCAUGGACAUGCUCGGGCCGCUGCUGGCCCAGUCCCUUGCCAGGAACAUUGGGGGCAAUGCCCUGCGUAGCGAGCUGGAUCGGCUAUGCGAACCGCUGAGGAAGCUCGUCAGCAGAUAUCCAGCGGCAAAGGAAUGGCUGCAGUCUGGGCUAGACCAUCCUUCCUUCCCGAGCCAGAAGGUCGAUGCAGAGCAGAAGUCGCUCUUUGUGAAGAAGAUCAUCAGUCUCAGAGGAUCCCGAACGACAAACCAAGUCGUUAGAGAAUUCUGGCUAUCUGCCAGAGGUGCCAACUUCGCCUACGCAUCAUGA